AUGGCCGCCUCCCGGGACAAGUACUCGGUGCUGCUGCCCACCUACAACGAGCGCGAGAACCUGCCGCUCAUUGUGUGGCUGCUGGUGAGGAGUUUCGAGCAGAGGUGACUGAGGGGAGGGGACUGGUUUCGUUUCAGCGGCUUAACUAUAUACAAAAAAGCCCCUAGCGCUAACGAGCUCCCCCCCGAAAAAAUCCGCCCCGUUCCUGUACUCCGCGUUAGUUAAUCUGGAAUAACUAGCCCCAUCUCCCAGACCCCCGUUCCGUUUCCCAUCGUCGCCGUUGCGAAUUAGAAUCCUCCAUAUCGUGGGGAGAAGCUUUUCUCCCGAGGCCGUUUUAAAGGUGUUGGGGGUUGUGAAUCCGUGGUAUAUGUACCCCGAAGUAAGGGCAUGAUGGUGUUGGGUCUGCUUAGCUUCCAGGGGUAAAAGAUGUACUGUGUCUGCUUCGUUUGUUUCAGGCAUCACCCUAUAACUAGGUUUUAAGGAUGCGUCAGACCCAUUACGCCCCCAUAGAAUAUGCUUAGACAUGACUUCUGUCUGUUUGUUUUAGAAAAGCUAGGACUUCGCAGGGCAGCCCUGUACGUAUAAAUCUCACUGUGUCUAAUGGGGUUUUUACACUUAGGGGAGUUUGUGCAUAGGAUUAAAACCUGGCGUCACAAGCCUAUGCGUGUCUACUUGGAAGUAAACUUUCAUUCGUGUCCAAGUGAGAUUUCCUUCCAAGCAAGUGUGUCUUAGGAUAGGAGUAAAACCUAAACAUUAUUUCCCCCUAUCUGCAUGUAAACUGGAUGGUGAUUUUCCAGGGACAUUCCUAUAUUAUUAUGAAAAUCAAUUUAUUAAUCACCUUCUAAACCACUGUCUCAAGGCAAUCUAUAGACUGGUUUAUGUGUACCUGCAAGAGAGUAAGUGUCAGAGUGUAGAUUUUGUAGGUUUUCAUUAAGCAGUCUUUGGAUUCUUGCCUAUGGUAAACAUUUUCAGCCUGUUUUCACAGACGGAGCAAGCGAUGUGUAGAUUGCCAGCAACUUCUCCUGAAACAUGAUUUUUCACCAGCUGUAAGCACAUUAUUGCGUGUUGAUCAAGAGCCAAAAUCCAAUCUGAUAGCUUUAUUUAUGGAGUAGUAACUUACUUAUUAGGGACGCGGGUGGCGCGUCCACAGAGCCUAGGACUUGCUGAUCAGAAGGUCGGCGGUUCGAAUCCCCGCGACGGGGUGAGCUCCCGUUGCUCGUUCCCUGCUCCUGCCAACCUAGCAGUUCGAAAGCACGUCAAAGUGCAAGUAGAUAAAUAGGUACCACUCUGGCGGGAAGGUAAACGGCCUUUCCGUGCGCUGCUCUGGUUCACCAGAAGCGGCUUAGUCAUGCUGGCCACAUGACCCGGAAGUUUUACGCCGGCUCCCUCGGCCAAUAAAGCGAGAUGAGCACCGCAACCCCAGAGUCGGUCACGACUGGACCUAAUGGUCAGGGGUCCCUUUACCUUUAACUUACUUAUUUGGAAUGCUGGCUUUAAGGGCCAGAUCUCUUGAAUGGGACACCUGGAGUAGUAUUUGUGAAAUACUACUCUUUGCCAGUAGUAUUUGUGAAAAGGAUCUAGGGGUCUUGGUAGACCACAGGCUUAGCAUGAGUCAACAAUGUGAUGCACCAACACACACAAAAAGCUAAUGCUGUUCUAGGCUGCAUCAACAGAAGUAUAGCAUCCAGGUCAAGGAAAGUAAUAAUAUCACUCUAUUCUGCCUUGGUCAGGCCAGUACUGUGUCCAGUUCUGGUCACCAUGGUUUAAGAAGGCUAUUGACAAGCUGAAACGUGCAGAGGAGGGUGACCAAAAUGAUCAGGGACCUGGAAACCAAGCCUUAAUGAGGAACAGUUGAAGGAACUGGGGAUGUUUAGCCCAAAGAAGAGGCUGAGAGGAGAUACAAUAGCCAUCUUGAAAUAUCUAAAGGGCUGUCCCAUGGAAGAUGGAACAAGCUUGUUUUCUCCUGCUCUGGGGGCUAGAACUUGAACCAAUGGACUUGAACCAGUUACAAUAAAUGAGAUUCCAUUUAAACAUCAGGAAGAACGUUUUGACAUUAAGAACUGCCUCCCUUAGGAGGUGAUGGACUCUCCUCCUUUGGAGGUUUUUAAGCAGAUGAUGGAUGGCUAUCUGUCAUAGAUGCUUUAGUUGAGAUUCUGCAUUGCAGGGGUUGAACUAGAUGCCCCUUGGGGUCCCUUCCACUUCUAGGAUUCUAAUCCUUCAGUUUCUGAAUCAGGCAAAUGCCUGGGGCAACUGUGACCCAUGAAACGAAUAACCAGCAUUGGCCAACAGUGCAAACCCUGCCGUUACUCUGCUGUAUUUACUUGGAGCAAGGGCACUAUGAAGCAUUUCAGUUCCAUUUUGAGAGGAGAGUGCAUUGUAAUAGAAUUAAUAACACCAUUUACCUUUGAUGAGGAACCAUUGGCUGUUUCUCUCUGUUCCCCUACCCCCUUUUAUAAUACUUUAUAUACUUUAACUUUUGAACCUGGCUUUAAAAUGUAAUUCUCUAUUUUUUCAGUGGAAAUGAUUUCGAAAUUAUAGUAAUAGAUGAUGGAAGUCCUGAUGGGACCCAGGAAGUUGCCGAACAGUUGAUAAAGAUUUAUGGAUCUGAUAAGAUUGUGAGUCAUAUGUUUAUUUUUUCCCAUGACUUGUUUGCUGUUACAACACAAGAUGCUUAAUAAUAUUAGCAUUAAGGGAUGAAAUUUGAAUGCAUGGGUUGUUCGUUUUCUUAACACUGAAUUGUUUACCAGUUUAUUCAGGUUGAUAACAUGGGUAGCAACACUGGGAGUAAUUUGAAUUAUCCUGAAUUAGCAUAUUUGGAUAUUAGCAUAUUUGGAUGCAGUUUUAAUUUUCACUUUAUAAAGUUGUGCUAAUUCUUAGAGUUGUCAUCACUUGACCUCAUGGGAUGCUCUAAUAGCUGUCUGUGAUAAAUCUACCAGAUACCACUUUCCCCAUAAUUUUUGCAUUGUGACACACACAGAAGAGUUUGUCAUGUUCAGCACUGCAACAGGGGAUCCAGGUGCAGUGUUAGCAAUGCUUCUUCAGCUGCAUAUACAGUGGGUAAUAUUCAAUGUUGGUUGUAGUCUGAGUAGAUCCAUUGAAAUCAGUGGACUGUACUUGUCCAUUAAUUGCAAUGGGUUCUACUCUGAUUGUGACUCAGUUGGAUAUUAUCCAAUACAUUUUCAUCCAUUUGAUACUGUGCCCACUCAUAUUUACAGAAUUAAGUCCUUAAAGGUAUAUAUGCUGCUGAAUACCUCUUGAUGAAGCAUUGCUAAGAAAAAUUGGAAAUGCAUUAUUUUUUAAAAAUGCAAUACAUAUUUCUGAUAAUGAACAAACUUACUUGCACUAAGCCCCUGCAGUUUUUAUGUGAGCGUCUAAGAGAGCAUAGAUGUAUGGCAGGUGUAUGCCCUAACCCUGCUAGUCAAGCCUCCCUUAUUUUGAAGUGCUUGGUGGUGAUCCAUACUUUACGCUAAGGGAGGGGGACUUUUUUGGCUCUUUGGGCUGAAAUCAACAAGUGGGUGGGCUGACCAUCUGUCAAUCACCUGACAUCGCAAUGACUUCAAAGACCCAAAGUCAGGACUACAAAGCACCAUGCACAGCUGAUUCAGCCAGCUUUGGCUCUAUUUCCCAUAUUCAGCAGACCAUUCUAAACUUGGUCUACAGCUCUAUAUUCUGUAACUGUUUUGAUCUGAAUUAAUGUCUGUGUAAUCCAAAUGUUAAAGGCAGGUUGCUCUGUAAAUAUGGAAGUGUAGCAGCCCUAUUUGAGAGAAGAGCAACUGUGGUAGUGUUAAUAUUUAGCUGAAAUAAAAAAAAAAAACCUACAAUCAUGGAUCAUUUAAUGCAAUUAAUCGGUUGCUCAUUUCUUCCACUGAUAUUUUACAGCUUUUAAGACCCAGAGCAAAGAAACUUGGAUUGGGUAAGUAUUCAGUAAUUUGAGGAUUUACAAGUUUUAUAUCCUGACCUUGAACUCCCAGGUCAGUUUACCAUUUUAAAAAGCAUAAGUUUAAUCAUACCUUUAACUCUGUUGGUUAGCGUGUGUGUUGAAAACUUGGAAAAAACUUACAUAUGUAUAUAUACCUUUCUGGGGGUAGGAAGGCAUAUUUGUUGGUUUUCAACAGCAUCCAACAUACCACAACUCCAGUUAAAUAAUAAGCCGAACCUACACAAUUUUCUCUAACCAUGAAAUUACACUGUUUAUCCCCAUUUAUACACUACGUUUUGCGGUUGUAGUAGCCGCUUGAAAUUCAUGCAUGUGUGACUAACUGUUGCCCGGGACAGGCUGGAGUGGGAUAGCAGAUUGAUCAAGCAGCCAUUCAAUAAAAAUGUAGGGCUUUUUUUUUAUUCCAUAUGUUAACUUUAAAGAGAAACUGAAUCAGCCUUGUAGCUGACAGCUCACAUACAUGAUUCUGAAUGUGGGUGACAGAUCUUGCCUUUGUAUCAUUUACACCAGGGACUGCUUACAUUCAUGGAAUGAAGCAUGCCACAGGCAACUUCAUUAUUAUUAUGGAUGCUGACCUCUCACACCAUGUAAGUGUUUCCAUUGUAUCUGUGCAUACAUUUCUUUAGCCUUUAUAAAGUUUUCUUUAUUUAACUUGCAUUGAGCUGGAGUAUAUUUUCAUUUUCCCACAUCUCUCUUUUGUGUUUCAGCCAAAAUUCAUUCCAGAGUUCAUCAGGUGGGUAGUAUUUUUAAUAUUUUUAGUAUUUUUUAAAUAUUUCAGUCAGACCUUGACACUUAUUGCCCAGGUGCAUAUGAAGCUGUCUUAUACCAAGUCAAACUAUUUCUCCAACUAGUUCAGUAUAAUCUACACUGACUGGCAGCAGUUCUCUAGGGUUUCAGGCAGAAAUCCCUUCCAGUCUUACCUGGAGAUAUUGGGGGAUGAACCUGCAACCUUCUUCGUGUGAAGCAGAUGUUUUGUCCUGUCUGCAUUUACAUUUGGUACAUUAGCAAUGGGCAAUAGGUUGAACAAUGAAAGAAAUCAGAAAAGAAGAGUCUAAACUUUAAUUUUGAAUUGGAUAAAGAAUUGGAUAAUUUUGAAUUGGAUAAAGUUUGCAGCAAGGUCAGAAUCCUGCCAAACUUCACAAGGAUAGCAGCACAGAGAUGUGAAAGCCCACAAAAAAAAACCUCUUAAAAUUGUGGUGGCAUGGGGGAACAUAUUCUGCCUAUGCUUUUGAGUUUUUCUGAAAAAUAAUGAGUUAUGAAAUAUUUUCCUCCAAAACAGUGAAUAAAGUUUUUAAGACUAGGUUUUCAUAAGCAUACUCCCCCAGAAUGAUUUCUAAAAACUAUGCAACAGGUAAACUUUUAUGUAAAACUAUGAAGAGUAUCGGAUUCCUGUACACCUAGAGUACAACUCUCAAAUGCAAGAGCAAGAAUCGUUUUUGCCUCUAGGGGGCACUGCCGUUGUCACAAGAGAAGGGAGAAUUCGGGUUUUCUUUGCUUAUGGGCUUCCUUUUGUUGAUGUAGUUGGCGGAUCUGUUUCUGUCUUUUCUGUCCUCUUGACUUGACCUCAAACUUGUCAUCGUUUGAUACAUAUGAAGAAGCAGAAACUGAUAGUGAUAGCUUAGAAAAUGAAAGUGAUUGCAUUCAUGUAGUAUUUAUUGAGUCUUGCUCCCCACCCCUUUUUCUCUGCUAUUUUUAUGGAAACGAGUGUUUUGUGUGCUUGAAACAGUGAGGCACUGGAGGAGGCAUAGUAAAACAAAGAAAAUUACUAUACUGUUGAUUGUUUCUUCUGUUAUUAUUGCUUUUUGCCUGGUCCUCAAACUGGCAAACUAAGAUGGGAAGAAUUAAAAGGGAUUAGUUUGCCAGUUGAAAUUACUCCCUUUUACUACAGCCUAGACCUGCCAGUCACAAAUGGACCCUUUUUCUCCCCUUCUCAACUUGGUGCCUUCCUUAAGCUGAAUUUAUUGUAUUAAAUCGGACCUAGAUUACUGGAAGUUAAUAGGUUUUUGUUAAUGUAAUUGUGUUUCCCUCUUCCUCUCAAAUGUUUACAUAGAACACAGAAAGAAGGUAACUUUGACAUUGUGUCUGGAACGCGAUAUAAAGGAAAUGGAGGUGUGCAUGGGUGGGAUUUGAAACGAAAAUUGAUCAGGUUGGUAGCUACUUCUUCCACCAUUCAAGGUCUGUGAUAGAAAAAGCCACACAGGAGGAUUCUGAGUUCUGUUAUUAACUCUCCUCCUCCUUUUGUACUGUUCCAGAUUAGUCUUUUAUUCUUGCUUUUUUAUUAUUCUUGCAUCCCCCCCCCCGUCCUACUUCAUAGAUAGUAAACCUGUGGGCAGAGAUUUGAUUAUCUUUUAUUCUUGUAAUUCUCCUGGUUGUGUUUGGCAAUAUAUAAACAAUUUAAUUUACAAACUGGGAUAGAUAAAUCUUUUUUUUUCUACAUGCUUCUUUUCUUGGCUUGAUGUGAAUUAGCAAACUCUUCCAAAUUAUGCAUUUGUAUUGACGCAGGCCAAUGUUAUUAUAGUGAAAUCCCAUCUAUAGAACAGUUUGUGAUUUUUCAACAUCGGAUUCUAAAUGUUUACCAAAACUCCUUAUCUUUCUUGGCAGCCGUGGCGCCAACUUCCUAACUCAAGUUCUACUGCGGCCAGGUGCAUCCGACUUAACAGGCAGCUUCAGGUGUGUUGCUUCUAACGUUGCAUUCAGCUUUCAAAGAUGAGCAAUAAAAUUAAUGGUCAAUUUGAAAUGGAUAAUAAUGUCAGACAUGGAUUGAAAUUGUAAAGCUUGUUUAAUUUUGGGAGUAAAGACUGCAAUUGUGGAGUGUUUGUAUAACGGAAAUAUUUCAAGAGGUUUUGAUUUUAUAUACUUUCUCUGUAGGUUAUAUAGAAAAGAUGUUUUACAAAAACUGAUGGAGAAAUGCGUCUCAAAAGGAUAUGUUUUCCAGAUGGAAAUGAUUGUCCGGGCCAGACAACUGGGUUUCUCUGUUGGAGAGGUAAAGAAUGUUAAAUCACAAACACUACAUUUUAAAUAUUAUAAAUUUACCUGACUGAUAAUAGAAUAAUAAUUGGCUAACAGCUGCAAAAUGGCCCAGGAGGUGUAAUAAGCCUGAGAACUACUAAAUCUAAUAUUGUGACAGAAAUUACACAAAUUAUGUAAUGUUGUGAGGAGCUUGGCAGUCAGCAACGUACAAAUGUAGGCUUGUGGUAAUUGCUGUUAAAAAUAUGAAUAUUUAAUUUGUUUAACAUCCUGUACUGAGACAGGUACCCGCUUGAGUUCCAUGUGUUCUCAAAAAUGUAUUGAAUUGAGCCAAUAAUCCAAUGAUCUCCAGUCAUAACCCCUAAUUCAGAUCAGUUAUACAGACACUGUGCAACUACGAGUUAGUUCUCUCCAACCUUCCAGCAACUAUUUAGACUUGGACUGUCAACUUAAUUGCUAUUAAUGAAUUAGGGAUAAAAGUUAAUCCCUAUCUAUGCCAUAGUACACUGGAAAGCCCUAAUUAACAAAUGUCUACCUAAUAUGUACCUAACUUCAACAGUCAUUCCUUAUUUUAACAAGCUUUAAACAACAGCAGGUGUGGGUGCUUCUUUUGCGGAUGAAAAUCUCUUCUUGGCACCCUCGCACAAACAUGGUGGCCUGCCUUUGUUGUGGAUUCUGCUCUGUAUUUUGGAAAGUUGUUUGUUCACUAUGCAUUUGGACAUCUCUUAAGAUACUGGGCGAAAUUCAGUUGUAGUGCUAAGGAAAUCAUUCCUUCCAUUUCUGCUUUGCCCUAUGGAAUGAUCUCCCCUUGGCUCCCCCAGUGUGUUGUUCUGGACAUUCUCCCAAUCCUCCAGAGUGGAUUUGGGGGAGGCGGGUAUGAGAGGGAACAGGGGAACCCCAUUGCGCCAAUGGGAGUCCUUGCACUGGUUUCCAGUAGCAGAACAGGGCAGUUGAAUCUCAUCCUAUGUAACCAAAUUUUGCAUGAUGGUUCCUGACAUCAAGGAGCAGGUUUUUAUCUAUGCUUAGAUACCAUUUUGAAUCAAGAUAGUGGACUGAACCUUUCAGAACUGCACUGAUUUUAAUCACUGAUUUCAAAAUUGUACUUCUUUUUUGGUUUCUUAGGAUUCCCAAACAGGUACAAGACUGCUAAGAAAAUAAACAUGUUUUAUGAGAUUAUUUUUUAGCAUAAGCGUUCUAGACUGUCUCAUUCCACUACAUUCCAAGCUGCUUUUUCCUGCACUGGCAAGAGCCUCCAGUAGGAGUCCCAGAUUCUUUAGCAAUUCUGUCUCAAGACUGUGCCCUUGUUGUCGUUGAAGCAACUGAAAAUGUACUAGACAAGCCUCUGCCUUUGGCUCUCCAUUGGCAGAAGAAACUAUUGCCUAGAGAUGCAACAACUCAUGUUUGGCAGAGCGGCAUGUGUGUGGGAAGCGUGGUUUUUUCCAUUUCUGCCUGCCAGCUGAUUUCUGGUUCAGUAUGCCAACUGAGAGUACCUAGCCAGACUUUCUGUGGAUUCCACCGUCUGACUUUGGGCCCUUGGGUAUUAUUUAACAUAUAGUAGUCUUACACGCUGGAAUGUUAAAGUUCCUGCUUCAGUAUAGUGAAAAUAGCUGGCAUUCUAAAGCACUGCAAAUCAGUGUUUACUAUAUUUAAAUGAAUAGCUACUGAAUUAGAACCAUGUGCAAUAUAGUUAUUAAAGGAGCAGCACUUCAAUAUGUUUGCUACAAAAAUAAAAUGCAUGUUAGGCUUACUGGUAAUCUUAUUUAACACUUAGAAGGUAUAUACAGUAACAUUUGCCUCUCUUGUUCUCACAGCAACCCUGUGAGGUAGGUUAGUAUUGUUCCCAAAUUACAGAUAAGGCACUCAGGAUGAGAGGUAGUAACUUUCUCAGGGCUAUAUGAAUUCACAUGCUUCUCCAGAUCAAGUCUAGUAUUCUGUUCAUAGGACUGUGCUAAUUCCCCUAACAGUGUGAUCCUAUGCACGUUUAUCAUUGAAUAUUUCCUGCAUUCAGUGGAAGUACUGUGUUACUUCCAGAUAACACUUGGCACUGCUUUUGUAAAGGGUCACUCUACUUAUUGUGCAUAUAUUAGCUCUCAAUUGAAUUGCCGGUAUUUGUACUUUUUGCAUUUUGUUUCCCCCUUAUCCCACUAUUUACAACCAUAUAUACCGGCAACUGAGAAUUACACUUCAUGCAUCAUGCUAGAAUAAAGUGUGCUAGUUUUUAAGGUGCUACAAGAGCAAUUGUUGUCUGAGGCUAGUGUGUGUGUAGGAUUGUAGCCCGAGUAUGUAUCCCUUGGAAGUAUAACACUAAUUGUAGGUAUAACACUAUUUUAACUACUGUUGAGAUGGUGAUGAAUUCUGCUGCAAUAUGGAAAACCCACCACCACAUAGAUGGGGAUGCUGAAAAGAAAGCCAAACAGGAUUUUGUCUCUGCUUUUCCCUUUGUUUAAAAGAUUUAUACCCUGCCUUUUGAACAAAGAGUUUUAAUAAUAUUUUUGCCAGGCUGUUUGCAGCCAUGCCCAAUUCAAGACCUUGACUUUAACUUACAAAGCUGAAAGAGGGCCUCUCCCUAUAUCUGCUCAUCCAGGCAUUGACAUCUGCAAAUACGGCUUAUUGGGUGGUGAUGCGAGAUAGGACCCCCUCUGCAGUACCACCAGAUCUGUGUAACUCCCUCCCUUUGGGGGUGUAUCCCUCACUGAUGUCUUUUUGUUCUCAAGUCUUCUUUUCACCAGGUGUUUGUGGGUGGAGUGUAAGCCAGAGAAGUAAUUUUUUAUGCCUGCUGUAAUUACUUUUUAUGUCCCCUGUAAUUGCUGAUGUUAUUGUUCUAAUCUAGUGUUUAUGCUGUUUUCUUGUACUCCAUCCUGGGGUCCAACACAAAUGUUUCUUUAAAAAAACAAACAAACAAAACAAUUUAAAUCAUUAAAACAACAUAACAGACAGAAUAACAUAGCAGGACAUUUUGCUGCAGAAAAUCGUCAGAUUAAAAUGCUGUCAAAAACCUGAGUGAACAGAAAAGUUUUCAGCCACUGCUUGAAAGACCAUGUUAACCACAAAGAGAAAGGAGAGCCUUAACUAUUCUUCUGAGCCAUUGGAGCUUCUGCCACCACAUGCAAGAUCCAGUCAUGCACACUAGGAACAUGCUUUUACAGGAGAUGGUAGCUGAGAUGCUUUGGAUUAGAACUAGAUUUUGACAGUGAAAAUGGCUAUGAUAACAUAGGUGCCAUCAUUUCAUACCUUCUCACCAAAGCAGAUUUUAUUCUGGACAUGAUGCUAGAUGGAGCUGAAGUGGCCCUUUUUUUCUUUCUAUUACUUCUUGAACUUGUUAUGUUAAAACUAAAAUAAUUUUGUGUUUUGUUUUUUUAAUAGGUACCUAUAUCAUUUGUGGACAGAGUCUAUGGCGAAUCUAAACUAGGAGGCAAUGAAAUAGUUUCUUUUGUAAAGGGACUGUUGACUUUGUUUGCAACUACAUAA